AUGACAGUAUCCUACAGUAUGAAUAUUUCCACAGCAUCGAUAUUUGCAUUCCUAAAAUUACUUUUUCGUUGGAAAGCUAGCAUAUGGAAGCUUGUCUUGAAGGAAUUACUUAUCUGGACAAUUUUAUACUUACUUAUUACGUACUGCUUCAGAUCUGACUUGCUUAUGACUAAAGAAAGUAAAAGUAUUUUUAAACGAACUGCUUCUUACUUUGGAAACUACCUAAAUCAAAGUAAUCUGACAUUCAUUUUGGGAUUUUUCGUUUCCUCAGUAGCAGUUCGAUGGAAUGUUCUCUUACAAAAUCUGGGCUACAUUGAAAGUUUGGCUUUGUUUGUGAGCGCAUAUAUACGAGGUGAAGACGAACAAUCCCGAAUGUACCGCCGAACAAUUGUUAGAAAUGCUUGCCUAGCACAAUGUUUAGUGCUUCGGAAUAUUAGCGUAUCAGUUCGUAAACGUUUCCCUACAAUGAAUGAUUUAGUAGAGACUGGUAAAUUCUAUAUUUAUGCCUCGAAAAUUAUGAAUGAUAUAGGAUAUAUGACGCAGAAGGAGUUAGAGAAUCUCGAAAGCUGUCAGUUGCAAUACGAUAAGCAUUGGAUGCCAAUUAUGUGGUCAGUAACACAUGUAAUAAAUGCUCGAAGGACAGGCAAAGUGAAUAAUGACAUGGAAACAAAUAAGCUUUUGGAUGAAUUAAAAGCUUUUCGAAGUUGCCUUCAAAUACUAGCAAAUUAUGAUUGGGUACCAUUACCUCUAGUAUAUCCACAGGUUAUAACAAUAUCUGUCUACUUCUAUUUUAUUGUAUGUCUUUUCGCCCGACAACAUUUUCCACAACCUACUACAACCACAAAUGAGACAAAACCUCAAGUAGACAUUGUACUACCGAUAAUGACUAUGGUGGAAUUUCUAUUUUAUGUUGGCUGGAUGAAAAUAGCAAUGAGUUUAUUGAAUUCCUUCGGUGAAGAUGAUGACGAUUUCGAGUGUAACUUCAUUAUCGACAAGAAUUUUACCUCCAACAAGCACAAUGGCUUGCGACGUCUCCCAUAUGGACCACAUGCCGAAAAGUUUAAAAGAAAAAUUAAACACUUGCAUUUGCUUGAAUAA